CGUCACGCAGUCUCUGCAGGAAAAGUCAGGCUGCUAAAUCGAGCAAUGACUAAUCGCUCAUCUGCUGCUAUUCCUCGGCCCAACUGAGAGGAGCAAACUCCUGCAUGACUGCUUUUGUACGCCAUUAAAAUGAACAGCUUUUGUAUUUUCCCGGCACUUACCUGAACAUAAACGUCAGGCAGGAUUCGCGUCUGUUGUUUUUCAGCGGCAGCUAUGAACGGAAGAAAAAUACGCUUGUCUGUUAAGUAGCUUGCUAGCUAGCCGUAGCUAAAUGCUAAUGUGGUGCUAACGGCUAACAAUUUGUCUGUUAUUUGUUAUUGAGGCGUUGUCGCAGUUUGUUAACGUAACCUUUUAAGAUAUCCGUUUACGUAAGAAAUUAUGUGUUGCAGCUACUGUUUGCGUAGUCGGGGGGACAGAUGUCUCUGAUAGAUACGUGUAUAUGUAGUAGUGAGUGUUGACACUACACAGUGUAGCUUGCCACCUGGUACUGUUUGCUACCUGUGUUCAACAGCUAGCCACGUAAACUGCUCCUGCUUGGUGUUGACGUAGCAGGAGCAGCUAGCUGUCCUCCUGUCAAGCUCACAUUGUCCAUUUGUAUAUGAAUUAGGAGCACCAAGUCCUCGACAGUCUCUGUGAUAAACCAAGACAUCCUGAAGACCGAACUGCACCUAGGACAUGAACUAUUGUGACUCAAAAUGCUAUAGCUGGACUUGAACGUGUUGCUAGUCCUGUUGCAUUGAGCGGAUGAUGAAGCGGGUCAUCUGGCUGAUAUCAGGAAUAAACAGAAGAAUGAUGAAGCUACUUUUUGCCCUCGCUUUGAUCGCCUACAUUGCCUCCGUCUGGGGAACAUAUACAAACAUGAGAUCAAUACAAGAACACGGAGAAAUGAAGAUUGAGCAGAGAAUUGAUGAAGCGGUGGCUCCUCUCAGAGAGAAGAUUCGUGACCUGGAACAAAGUUUUUCUCAGAAAUACCCACCUGUGAAGUUCCUGUCGGAAAAGGAUCGGAAGAGAAUUUUGAUCACCGGUGGGGCUGGUUUUGUGGGUUCCCACCUGACUGACAAGCUGAUGAUGGACGGCCACGAGUUGACUGUGGUGGACAACUUCUUCACAGGAAGGAAAAGAAACGUGGAGCACUGGAUCGGACACGAGAACUUCGAGCUCAUCAACCAUGAUGUGGUGGAGCCUCUCUAUAUCGAGGUGGACCAGAUCUACCACCUGGCGUCUCCGGCCUCUCCUCCCAACUACAUGUACAAUCCCAUCAAAACGCUGAAGACCAACACCAUCGGCACUCUGAACAUGCUCGGUUUGGCCAAACGUGUCGGCGCCAGACUUCUCCUGGCUUCCACUUCUGAGGUUUAUGGAGAUCCGGAGGUACACCCGCAAAAUGAAGAGUACUGGGGACACGUGAAUCCAAUCGGUCCUCGCGCCUGCUACGAUGAGGGGAAACGGGUAGCAGAGACCAUGUGUUACGCCUACAUGAAGCAGGAAGGAGUGGAGGUGAGGGUGGCGAGAAUCUUCAACACGUUCGGCUCCAGAAUGCACAUGAAUGAUGGACGUGUUGUCAGCAACUUCAUCCUGCAGGCUCUGCAGGGAGAACCUCUCACUGUUUAUGGUACAGGCUCCCAAACGAGAGCCUUUCAGUAUGUAAGUGAUCUGGUGAACGGCCUGGUGCUGCUGAUGAACAGUAACAUCAGCAGUCCAGUCAAUCUGGGGAACCCCGAGGAACACACCAUAUUGGAGUUCGCUCGCCUCAUAAAAAGUCUCGUCGUGAGCCGAAGUCAGGUCCAGUUCCUUCCCGAGGCCCAGGACGACCCACAGAGGAGAAGACCUGACAUUCGGAAAGCCAAGAUGCUGCUCGGCUGGGAGCCGGUGGUGCCCCUGGAGGAAGGCUUGAACAAAACGAUCCAGUACUUCAGCAGGGAACUCGAGCACCAGGCCAACAACCAGUACAUCCCCAAACCUAAAGCUGCCCGCAUGAAGAAGGGAAGGCCCCGACACACCUGAGGUGUCCCACCACACAGAAGGAUGUAAAGACUCCUCAGAGGACCCUUGAAGAGCAACUCUCUGAAACACACCUGUUGAGUAGAGCACUCUGGGGAUUUGGUGUCUCUUUUUCCUUUGAGAAGCGGAGACGACCUUCUCUUUAGGAAGCGUUGUGUUGCCCUGCGUCGGAGCUGCACUGUGGGGGGGGGGGGGGCUUUCCAGACGGACGGCUUGCGUGUUGGAUGGACAAGCUUGAAGAAAGCCGACCUUGUUUUUGUGAAUUUGUGCUUUUUUUGCUAUUUAAAUUGCAUUUCGUGAGUAUCGUGCAAACAGCUCUCACGCCGUGCAUCAGUGCUUUAUGUUUAUUUGAUCAGCUUCAUGGUCUUUUGUCUGCAGUCGGACUACCUGACUUUGUUUUUUUCCACUGGAUGCUUUUAUCCUCUUAUCCGUGGCUGUUCUCGCCGAGCGCUGCGGGACAAUCAUCUAGAAAACUGUAUCAUUACGUCUUUAUCAACAUCAUUGUGCUCUGCUUUGUGAACUCUUGUCAGGGUGUGCUUUAUCAUUUCCGAUGAAGAUGCUAUUUUAAUAAAAUAUUUCCAAUA